GGAAAAUGAUCAAAGCAAAAAAGAAAACGAUCAAAUCAAGAGAGAUAAUGAACAUAAUCAAAUACGUAAAGAUGAAGACAGACGGGCGCAUGUUUCUAAAAGUUCAAAUUUGCCUUUAACAAAUAAUCUUACAAACACAAAAUAUUCAGAAAAAGAAACCCUCCAGAAUGCCUUUAAUGCAAUCAUCGAUCAGAAAAUACAAAAGGGACCUAAAUUUACUCCAUUACUUGAGGCAUUAACUGAUGAGAUUGGUCUAAGUAGUAGCUGCUUGCGUGAUUUUUAUUAUCGUAAAAGAAAUCCGCGAAAAACUACGUUGGAUAAAAUUAAAGUAUUUGUUAAUAAGGAAAGAAGAACAAAUAAUAAUUUAAAUGUCCUUUACCUUCAUUAG